AUGCCUCACAUCCCGCUGACACCUCGAGAGGCACGCGGAGUUCAUUGCUUCAAAAGGCUCAAGACGUAUGCCAACUUUCAAGAAGCACCUCAGGAGGAGGCUUCUCUCAGCAAUAGGCUCAAGACGUAUGCCAACUUUCCAGAAGCACCUCAGGAGGAGGCUUCUCUCAGCAAUAGGCUCAAGACGUAUGCCAACUUUCCAGAAGCACCUCAGGAGGAGGCUUCUCUCAGCAAUAGGCUCAAGACGUAUGCCAACUUUCCAGAAGCACCUCAGGAGGAGGCUUCUCUCAGCAAUAGGCUCAAGACGUAUGCCAACUUUCCAGAAGCACCUCAGGAGGAGGCUUCUCUCAGCAAUAGGCUCAAGACGUAUGCCAACUUUCCAGAAGCACCUCAGGAGGAGGCUUCUCUCAGCAAUAGGCUCAAGACGUAUGCCAACUUUCCAGAAGCACCUCAGGAGGAGGCUUCUCUCAGCAAUAGGCUCAAGACGUAUGCCAACUUUCCAGAAGCACCUCAGGAGGAGGCUUCUCUCAGCAAUAGGCUCAAGACGUAUGCCAACUUUCCAGAAGCACCUCAGGAGGAGGCUUCUCUCAGCAAUAGGCUCAAGACGUAUGCCAACUUUCCAGAAGCACCUCAGGAGGAGGCUUCUCUUAGCAAUAGGCUCAAGACGUAUGCCAACUUUCCAGAAGCACCUCAGGAGGAGGCUUCUCUCAGCAAUAGGCUCAAGACGUAUGCCAACUUUCCAGAAGCACCUCAGGAGGAGGCUUCUCUCAGCAAUAGGCUCAAGACGUAUGCCAACUUUCCAGAAGCACCUCAGGAGGAGGCUUCUCUCAGCAAUAGGCUCAAGACGUAUGCCAACUUUCCAGAAGCACCUCAGGAGGAGGCUUCUCUCAGCAAUAGGCUCAAGACGUAUGCCAACUUUCCAGAAGCACCUCAGGAGGAGGCUUCUCUCAGCAAUAGGCUCAAGACGUAUGCCAACUUUCCAGAAGCACCUCAGGAGGAGGCUUCUCUCAGCAAUAGGCUCAAGACGUAUGCCAACUUUCCAGAAGCACCUCAGGAGGAGGCUUCUCUCAGCAAUAGGCUCAAGACGUAUGCCAACUUUCCAGAAGCACCUCAGGAGGAGGCUUCUCUCAGCAAUAGGCUCAAGACGUAUGCCAACUUUCCAGAAGCACCUCAGGAGGAGGCUUCUCUCAGCAAUAGGGUCAAUACGUAUGCCAACUUUCCAGAAGCACCUCAGGAGGAGGCUUCUCUCAGCAAUAGGCUCAAGACGUAUGCCAACUUUCCAGAAGCACCUCAGGAGGAGGCUUCUCUCAGCAAUAGGCUCAAGACAUAUGCCAACUUUCCAGAAGCACCUCAGGAGGAGGCUUCUCUCAGCAAUAGGCUCAAGACGUAUGCCAACUUUCCAGAAGCACCUCAGGAGGAGGCUUCUCUCAGCAAUAGGCUCAAGACGUAUGCCAACUUUCCAGAAGCACCUCAGGAGGAGGCUUCUCUCAGCAAUAGGCUCAAGACGUAUGCCAACUUUCCAGAAGCACCUCAGGAGGAGGCUUCUCUCAGCAAUAGGCUCAAGACGUAUGCCAACUUUCCAGAAGCACCUCAGGAGGAGGCUUCUCUCAGCAAUAGGGUCAAUACGUAUGCCAACUUUCCAGAAGCACCUCAGGAGGAGGCUUCUCUCAGCAAUAGGCUCAAGACGUAUGCCAACUUUCCAGAAGCACCUCAGGAGGAGGCUUCUCUCAGCAAUAGGCUCAAGACAUAUGCCAACUUUCCAGAAGCACCUCAGGAGGAGGCUUCUCUCAGCAAUAGGCUCAAGACAUAUGCCAACUUUCCAGAAGCACCUCAGGAGGAGGCUUCUCUCAGCAAUAGGCUCAAGACGUAUGCCAACUUUCCAGAAGCACCUCAGGAGGAGGCUUCUCUCAGCAAUAGGCUCAAGACGUAUGCCAACUUUCCAGAAGCACCUCAGGAGGAGGCUUCUCUCAGCAAUAGGCUCAAGACGUAUGCCAACUUUCCAGAAGCACCUCAGGAGGAGGCUUCUCUCAGCAAUAGGCUCAAGACGUAUGCCAACUUUCCAGAAGAACCUCAGGAGGAGGCUUCUCUCAGCAAUAGGCUCAAGACGUAUGCCAACUUUCCAGAAGCACCUCAGGAGGAGGCUUCUCUCAGCAAUAGGCUCAAGACGUAUGCCAACUUUCCAGAAGCACCUCAGGAGAAGGCUUCUCUCAGCAAUAGGCUCAAGACGUAUGCCAACUUUCCAGAAGCACCUCAGGAGGAGGCUUCUCUCAGCAAUGGGCUCAAGACGUAUGCCAACUUUCCAGAAGCACCUCAGGAGAAGGCUUCUCUCAGCAAUAGGCUCAAGACGUAUGCCAACUUUCCAGAAGCACCUCAGGAGGAGGCUUCUCUCAGCAAUGGGCUCAAGACGUAUGCCAACAUUCCAGAAGCACCUCAGGAGAAGGCUUCUCUCAGCAAUAGGCUCAAGACGUAUGCCAACUUUCCAGAAGCACCUCAGGAGGAGGCUUCUCUCAGCAAUAGGCUCAAGACGUAUGCCAACUUUCCAGAAGCACCUCAGGAGGAGGCUUCUCUCAGCAAUAGGCUCAAGACGUAUGCCAACUUUCCAGAAGCACCUCACGGGGAGGCUUCUCUCAGCCAUAGGCUCAAGACGUAUGCCAACUUUCCAGAAGCACCUCACGGGGAGGCUUCUCUCAGCCAUAGGCUCAAGACGUAUGCCAACUUUCCAGAAGCACCUCACGGGGAGGCUUCUCUCAGCCAUAGGCCCAAGACGUAUGCCAACUUUCCAGAAGCACCUCAGGAGGAGGCUUCUCUCAGCAAUAGGCUCAAUACGUAUGCCAACUUUCCAGAAGGACCUCAGGAGGAGGCUUCUCUCAGCAAUAGGCUCAAGACGUAUGCCAACUUUCCAGAAGCACCUCACGGGGAGGCUUCUCUCAACCAUAGGCUCAAGACGUAUGCCAACUUUCCAGAAGCACCUCACGGGGAGGCUUCUCUCAACCAUAGGCUCAAGACGUAUGCCAACUUUCCAGAAGCACCUCACGGGGAGGCUUCUCUCAACCAUAGGCUCAAGACGUAUGCCAACUUUCCAGAAGCACCUCACGGGGAGGCUUCUCUCAACCAUAGGCUCAAGACGUAUGCCAACUUUCCAGAAGCACCUCACGGGGAGGCUUCUCUCAACCAUAGGCUCAAGACGUAUGCCAACUUUCCAGAAGCACCUCACGGGGAGGCUUCUCUCAACCAUAGGCUCAAGACGUAUGCCAACUUUCCAGAAGCACCUCACGGGGAGGCUUCUCUCAACCAUAGGCUCAAGACGUAUGCCAACUUUCCAGAAGCACCUCACGGGGAGGCUUCUCUCAACCAUAGGCUCAAGACGUAUGCCAACUUUCCAGAAGCACCUCACGGGGAGGCUUCUCUCAACCAUAGGCUCAAGACGUAUGCCAACUUUCCAGAAGCACCUCACGGGGAGGCUUCUCUCAACCAUAGGCUCAAGACGUAUGCCAACUUUCCAGAAGCACCUCACGGGGAGGCUUCUCUCAACCAUAGGCUCAAGACGUAUGCCAACUUUCCAGAAGCACCUCACGGGGAGGCUUCUCUCAACCAUAGGCUCAAGACGUAUGCCAACUUUCCAGAAGCACCUCACGGGGAGGCUUCUCUCAACCAUAGGCUCAAGACGUAUGCCAACUUUCCAGAAGCACCUCACGGGGAGGCUUCUCUCAACCAUAGGCUCAAGACGUAUGCCAACUUUCCAGAAGCACCUCACGGGGAGGCUUCUCUCAACCAUAGGCUCAAGACGUAUGCCAACUUUCCAGAAGCACCUCACGGGGAGGCUUCUCUCAACCAUAGGCUCAAGACGUAUGCCAACUUUCCAGAAGCACCUCACGGGGAGGCUUCUCUCAACCAUAGGCUCAAGACGUAUGCCAACUUUCCAGAAGCACCUCACGGGGAGGCUUCUCUCAACCAUAGGCUCAAGACGUAUGCCAACUUUCCAGAAGCACCUCACGGGGAGGCUUCUCUCAACCAUAGGCUCAAGACGUAUGCCAACUUUCCAGAAGCACCUCACGGGGAGGCUUCUCUCAACCAUAGGCUCAAGACGUAUGCCAACUUUCCAGAAGCACCUCACGGGGAGGCUUCUCUCAACCAUAGGCUCAAGACGUAUGCCAACUUUCCAGAAGCACCUCACGGGGAGGCUUCUCUCAACCAUAGGCUCAAGACGUAUGCCAACUUUCCAGAAGCACCUCACGGGGAGGCUUCUCUCAACCAUAGGCUCAAGACGUAUGCCAACUUUCCAGAAGCACCUCACGGGGAGGCUUCUCUCAACCAUAGGCUCAAGACGUAUGCCAACUUUCCAGAAGCACCUCACGGGGAGGCUUCUCUCAGCCAUAGGCUCAAGACGUAUGCCAACUUUCCAGAAGCACCUCACGGGGAGGCUUCUCUCAGCCAUAGGCUCAAGACGUAUGCCAACUUUCCAGAAGCACCUCACGGGGAGGCUUCUCUCAACCAUAGGCUCAAGACGUAUGCCAACUUUCCAGAAGCACCUCACGGGGAGGCUUCUCUCAGCCAUAGGCUCAAGACGUAUGCCAACUUUCCAGAAGCACCUCACGGGGAGGCUUCUCUCAGCCAUAGGCUCAAGACGUAUGCCAACUUUCCAGAAGCACCUCACGGGGAGGCUUCUCUCAGCCAUAGGCUCAAGACGUAUGCCAACUUUCCAGAAGCACCUCAGGAGGAGGCUUCUCUCAGCAAAUGGCUCAAGACGUAUGCCAACUUUCCAGAAGCACCUCACGGGGAGGCUUCUCUCAGCCAUAGGCUCAAGACGUAUGCCAACUUUCCAGAAGCACCUCACGGGGAGGCUUCUCUCAGCCAUAGGCUCAAGACGUAUGCCAACUUUCCAGAAGGACCUCAGGAGGAGGCUUCUCUCAGCAAUAGGCCCAAGACGUAUGCCAGCUUUCCAGAAGCACCUCAGGAGGAGGCUUCUCUCAGCAAUAGGCUCAAGACGUAUGCCAACUUUCCAGAAGAACCUCAGGAGGAGGCUUCUCUCAGCAAUACGCUCAAGACGUAUGCCAACUUUCCAGAAGCACCUCAGGAGGAGGCUUCUCUCAGCAAUAGGCUCAAGACGUAUGCCAACUUUCCAGAAGCACCUCAGGAGGAGGCUUCUCUCAGCAAUAGGCUCAAGACGUAUGCCAACUUUCCAGAAGCACCUCAGGAGGAGGCUUCUCUCAGCAAUAGGCUCAAGACGUAUGCCAACUUUCCAAAAGCACCUCAGGAGGAGGCUUCUCUCAGCAAUAGGCUCAAGACGUAUGCCAACUUUCCAGAAGCACCUCAGGAGGAGGCUUCUCUCAGCAAUAGGCUCAAGACGUAUGCCAACUUUCCAGAAGCACCUCAGGAGGAGGCUUCUCUCAGCAAUAGGCUCAAGACGUAUGCCAACUUUCCAGAAGCACCUCAGGAGGAGGCUUCUCUCAGCAAUAGGCUCAAGUCGUAUGCCAACUUUCCAGAAGCACCUCAGGAGGAGGCUUCUCUCAGCAAUAGGCUCAAGACGUAUGCCAACUUUCCAGAAGCACCUCAGGAGGAGGCUUCUCUCAGCAAUAGGCUCAAGACGUAUGCCAACUUUCCAGAAGCACCUCAGAAGGAGGCUUCUCUCAGCAAUAGGCUCAAGACGUAUGCCAACUUUCCAGAAGCACCUCAGGAGGAGGCUUCUCUCAGCAAUAGGCUCAAGACGUAUGCCAACUUUCCAGAAGCACCUCAGGAGGAGGCUUCUCUCAGCAAUAGGCUCAAGACGUAUGCCAACUUUCCAGAAGCACCUCAGGAGGAGGCUUCUCUCAGCAAUAGGCUCAAGACGUAUGCCAACUUUCCAGAAGCACCUCAGGAGGAGGCUUCUCUCAGCAAUAGGCUCAAGACGUAUGCCAAAUUUCCAGAAGCACCUCAGGAGGAGGCUUCUCUCAGCAAUAGACUCAACACCUAUGCCAACUUUCCAGAAGCACCUCAAGAGGAGGCUUCUCUCAGCAAUAGGCUCAAGACGUAUGCCAACUUUCCAGAAGCACCUCAGGAGGAGGCUUCUCUCAGCAAUAGGCUCAAGACGUAUGCCAACUUUCCAGAAGCACCUCAGGAGGAGGCUUCUCUCAGCAAUAGGCUCAAGACGUAUGCCAACUUUCCAGAAGCACCUCAGGAGGAGGCUUCUCUCAGCAAUAGGCUCAAGACGUAUGCCAACUUUCCAGAAGCACCUCAGGAGGAGGCUUCUCUCAGCAAUAGGCUCAAGACGUAUGCCAACUUUCCAGAAGCACCUCAGGAGGAGGCUUCUCUCAGCAAUAGGCUCAAGACGUAUGCCAACUUUCCAGAAGCACCUCAGGAGGAGGCUUCUCUCAGCAAUAGGCUCAAGACGUAUGCCAACUUCCCAGAAGCACCUCAGGAGGAGGCUUCUCUCAGCAAUAGGCUCAAGACGUAUGCCAACUUCCCAGAAGCACCUCAGGAGGAGGCUUCUCUCAGCAAUAGGCUCAAGACGUAUGCCAACUUCCCAGAAGCACCUCAGGAGGAGGCUUCUCUCAGCAAUAGGCUCAAGACGUAUGCCAACUUCCCAGAAGCACCUCAGGAGGAGGCUUCUCUCAGCAAUAGGCUCAAGACGUAUGCCAACUUCCCAGAAGCACCUCAGGAGGAGGCUUCUCUCAGCAAUAGGCUCAAGACGUAUGCCAACUUCCCAGAAGCACCUCAGGAGGAGGCUUCUCUCAGCAAUAGGCUCAAGACGUAUGCCAACUUCCCAGAAGCACCUCAGGAGGAGGCUUCUCUCAGCAAUAGGCUCAAGACGUAUGCCAACUUCCCAGAAGCACCUCAGGAGGAGGCUUCUCUCAGCAAUAGGCUCAAGACGUAUGCCAACUUCCCAGAAGCACCUCAGGAGGAGGCUUCUCUCAGCAAUAGGCUCAAGACGUAUGCCAACUUUCCAGAAGCACCUCAGGAGGAGGCUUCUCUCAGCAAUAGGCUCAAGACGUAUGCCAACUUUCCAGAAGCACCUCAGGAGGAGGCUUCUCUCAGCAAUAGGCUCAAGACGUAUGCCAACUUUCCAGAAGCACCUCAGGAGGAGGCUUCUCUCAGCAAUAGGCUCAAGACGUAUGCCAACUUUCCAGAAGCACCUCAGGAGGAGGCUUCUCUCAGCAAUAGGCUCAAGACGUAUGCCAAAUUUCCAGAAGCACCUCAGGAGGAGGCUUCUCUCAGCAAUAGGCUCAAGACGUAUGCCAACUUUCCAGAAGCACCUCAGGAGGAGGCUUCUCUCAGCAAUAGACUCAACACCUAUGCCAACUUUCCAGAAGCACCUCAAGAGGAGGCUUCUCUCAGCAAUAGGAAUCCCAAAAUCCCUGUGGCUACUGGAAAGGGUCCUUGGGUGCCCUGCGUCAACUCGAGAAUCAUCGCUUUUGCAUGCCAAGCCUGGAAGAGAUUCCUGAAGUGUCACUCGUUACUAGACAAGAGUCCUGACGUCACUGAAAAAACACGUGUUUUGAAGGGCCAUCCCCGCUGUAACUCGAGAACAUACCCCAGGUUCCCGUCGCAACUCGAGAAAAACCAUGAGAAUUCCCCCUUGAUCCGAGAUGAGGCCCGAUUCCCUGCAUGGCAUGCAAAGCAAUUCCUUGACCCCAUCAAACAAGUCAGGAGCUUCGACUUGCUUAAUGGAUCUUGA